AUGUCGAGGUCCUCUUCCGGAGUUUUCAUAUUUAUAUUAUCUAUAAUCGGCAAUGAGUACGACGCCUUCUUCAGUUCGCCCAGCAGGAGCUGCGCUAGAAAUUUGUCAGAAAAGCCUUCAAACGGCGAAAAGAAUACAAUAGUUGGAAGCCCCUUAGAAGAAGAAAGUACCAGGGAGCAUGGAAACAGCGCAAAUUUUAGAGGAUCUUCCUCAGGUUCCAACAAUGCAGAACUUCCUUAUUCUAGUGGAACUGUAUCCAAUUCAAUGUAUACCGAACGUUUCGGCCUUGAAGACAAAUUAAAGAAGGAGUGGAACGAUCUAUCCCUCAUCGAAAUAGAAAAUUGGUAUCAUGUAAUGGCAGGAGCUGUGGAUACAUUAAGCACAGAAUACGAAUCAUCUUCCAACACUGUGGACGAUAAGGGAAAUAGUUGGUCCGAAUUAAUCAAAAUGUUAACAGCUUUCCGACAAGCAGAAGUUAAGGAGAACAAUGCCAUUUUUGCAAAAUUUGUAGAUUACUUGCGAGAAAACAGGCAAAACGAACCCAGUAAUACUUUAAGUGAAGAAGAACAAAACAUCUGGAAUGAAAUCAAACAGUUAAAGCAAGAAAAAGAUGCUAUGUGGAAGAAAUACCACACGGAAACUUGGAAGUAUUGGUUCCAAAAGGAAUUCCCCACCAAGAAACAAUUUUAUGGCGAAUCCAGAAAACAAAAUUGCCAGGGUAAAAAUUGCAGCGCUGAGAAUAAAAGAAUUAAUGGAGCGUGGAACGAUAAGCACUUCAUAAAUGAAGAAAUGAGGGUUGGAAGAAGGAAGGAAUGUGUACUUAAUGCAUAG